UGUGACUCUUGUUGUCCUAAACUAAAUUCUCUGAGCUCUUUCACCCUAAAAAAUAAAGAAAGAGAGAAUGGUGUGCAGAGCAGAAGAAGCAAUGAAACAAAGAGAGAUGAUCAAGAGAUGUAAAGAAGAUGAUCAUCAACAGAAGAAGAAGAAGACGCAAUCAAUCACAAAUUGCCACAAAGACAAAAGUUGCAGAUUCAAGAGAAGUACUAGUAAUCUCGAAAACGAUGGAGCUUCUUCGGCCAUCUUCCUCCUCGCGUGCAUCGCCUGCUCCUCCUUCACCUAUCAUCUUUAAAUAUAUAUCAAACAUAUCUUAGUUGUAACAGCCUCAUCCACAGUUAAUUAAUUACUCUUAAAACUACGUUUAAACUAGUCUUAUAUUUGUUAAUUCUGUUUAUAUUUUUGUUCAAUAUGAAGUUCUUAAUCUACAUACUUGUCGCAGAUAAUUUCUUGUACUUUAAUUUGUGUUAUAGUUUUCGAAUGUUUGUAUCUGUUUUUGUUUUUUUGUGUGUUAUAGUUUUAUUGUAUAAACUAGUGAUGGGAAACAUGAGGU